CUGUCGAGCAGCGCAAGCGUUCGGACGCACGUAACUCCGGUCCCCGGAUCAAGCUGAACGGUUUGACGUUCACCACAGUGGAAUAAUAUUGUUGUUUACCAUCAAAUCAAAACCAGUGUUCGUGUGUGUGUGUGCGUGUGUGUGUGCGUGAUUGUUUCUAAUCAACAAGGUGCGGUCGUUGCAGGGCGUACACAUUUGCCAUCAGUUUCAUCGUGUGCUGUUAGAAGAUUGUUCACUCACAGAGCACAGUAGCGUGUGGCGUCGUCGUGCUGAUGUUGCUGCGAAGAAUCCGCACAGGUUCGUAAAAUGAGCAGCAACAGUUUUUGAGCACCGGAGCACUGCGCGAGCCCUAAACGGCACAACACCGAAAAAUCGAAGAGCAGGAAGGAGCAGAACGUCUAAAGCAUACCAAGCAAGCGCCCAACAUGGAGCUGCCGAAGGGAGCGAAAAUCACACACACCGGGCUGCUGCAGCACACGCCCGAUGGCAAGACGGAGCUGCAGAAGAUCACCCAGGCCGGGCUGGUGGCCCGCUCGCCCGAGGGUACGGCCGCCAAGGGCAUGAACAUACGCGGAAAUGAGGAUCUGUGGGUCGAGAUUCAGGCCAACACGUUCAAGAACUGGGUGAACGAGCAUCUGCGCGAGUCCGGGCUUCAGGUGAUUGAGUUCCACGAGGACUUUUGCGACGGCACGCUGCUCUGUGCGCUCGUCGAAGGGCUGCAGAAGCGCCCGCUCAAACCGUCCUGGAACAAGCGGCCCGCCAACCAGCACCACUACCUGGAGAACGUGACCACCGCGCUGAACGCGAUCGAGGCGGACGGCGUCAAGCUGGUCAACAUCGGCAAUGUGGACAUCGUGAACGGGAACGUGAAGCUCAUCCUGGGCCUGAUCUGGUCGCUGAUCGUGCGCUACCAGAUCGGGCGGAGUAAGUUCCCGCCGCGCAAGCUGAUGCUCGCCUGGUUGCAGGCCGCCCUGCCCGACUGCAAGGUGAGCAAUCUGACCACGGACUGGAACAGUGGCGUGCUGCUGUCCGCCCUGCUGGACUACUGCGAGCCGGGCCUGUUCCCGCACUGGCGCACGCUCAACCAGAGCGAAUCGGUGCGCAACUGCGAGCGGGCCAUGAACCUGGCGUACGAGCGGUUCGGCAUACCGAAGGUGCUCGAGCCGGAGUAUCUCGCUUCGCGCUGGCUGGACGAGCUGUCCGGCAUGACGUACCUGUCCUACUUCAUGCGCCCGGGCGGACCGGGCUACAACGCGACGAUGAAGUGGGUGAACGGACAGAUCAAGCGCCCCGUGACCAACUUUACGAGUGACUUCAACGAUGGAAAAGUGUUCUGCGAAAUCAUCAAAGAUCUUGGCGGCCCGGUGCCCGACCCGCACAAGCUCAGCUCGGACCCGUCCCAGUGGGAGAGCAACCAGCAGAAGGUGAUCGACGGUGGCCUCAAGCUGGGCGUUAAGCCCGUCCUGGCCGCGAAGGAUAUGGCCACGGCCGACGAGGAGCAUCUGGGCGUGAUGGCGUACACGACCUGGCUGCGGUGGGUCGUCCCACGCCCGCCGCUAGCGAACAUGCUGACGGUGCAGCUCGAGAGCACCUCCGGACGGGUCGGCGAGCCGACCGAGUUCCGGGUCGAGGCGCUGUCGCGCGAUGUCGACAUGUCGCGGGUGCGGGCGUACGUCGGCACGCCCAACACGAACACGCUCCAGCAGGUGCGGCUAGGUGCGCGGGGCGAGGGCACCUUCGUGCCGGACAAGUACGGCAUGCACGAGAUCGUGCUCGAGAUCGAUGACAACCAACUCGGUGGACACUUCUUCCGGGUACUCCCAAGGCUUGUACACGUGGCCCCGCCCGGUAUGGCGCCGUGCGCCCUCGGAAGCCUUGUGGAAGUGCUGGUCAACGCAACCGGUGCGCCGAAAACCGAGGACAUCCUAGUGACCGCCUACAGUCCUUCCGGGCGACCGCUCAAGUGUCCGUUGAAGAAGAUCGAGGAAGGACACAGUGCCAUUUUCAAGCCGGACGAAGCCGGCGUGUGGGAAAUUGCCAUAACGUACCAGGGCCGCCACAUCCAGGGCGGCCCGUUCACCUGCGCCGUGUUCGACCCGAGCGGCGUGUCCGUGCACGGGCUGGACGGCGCGAUGCCGCUGCGCGCGCACUCGUUCGAGGUGGACGCGCGCGGUGUCGGGGUGGCCGGCGAGCUGCACGUCGACAUCGUGCACGAGAAGCGCUCGCUGGUCUGUUCGGUCGAGCGGCUGCAGGAGAACAAGUACCAGGUCACGUUUAUGCCGCGCUCGAACGGCAAGCACCGCGUGUACGUGUACUUCAACGGGUACGACGUCAAGGGGUCGCCCUUUAUCAUGAAGGUCGGCUCGAAGGGGCGGUCGGGCAAGACGCGAACCAGCCCGCACCAGCACGACGGCAAGCUGCGCUCGGAAAGCCCCUCGUACCAUUUCAAUGCGUCCUCGCUGACGCGCAAGGCAGACACGCAGAGUGGAUCGCUGAGGCGCGAGAUCUACUCGCCACCGACGGUGCAAAAGUCGGGCUCACGGUCGCCGCAGGACUACGAGCCGGGCGGGUACAUCAAAAGCACCAGCAAGGAGACGUACACGAGCCGCGUAAUGUCCCCGGCCCGGCACAGUCCCUCGCCGAAGCUGCUGUUCCCGGCGACCGAGACGGAUUAUUCCGGCGGCUUUCGGCGCAGUACGGAGCUGCUGUCUCAGCGGCGUGAUUCGGACGAGCUGAAGACGAGCCCGGUACGGUUGGGUGGUGGUGGUGGCGGCGGCGUCGACGAAGCCGCCAGCUCGUACGUGAAGACGAUCCGCACGGAAAACCACACCACCAAGACGAUCCGUACCGUGCUCGACGGGGAGAGCAGCCCGAUCGCCCACAUCCGCGCCAGCCCCGGGCUGAAAAGCCCGCAAACGGUCGUGUCGGCGACGCUGCUGGAUACACGCACGGCCAGCCCGAAACCGCUGAUCACGACCACCAGCACCAGCACGUCCAGCACCCGGUACAUACCGUCGCCGGUGACGGAGCAGCGCGUCGCCAGCCCGAUUGCGAUGCACGAAAAGUCCAACGGCACGUACAAGGUGACGGAGCGUAACUCGACCUACAAGUCGACGGUAACGCGUGACGUCGUGCGGGACAGCCCGACGCUCGAGCGGGUCGUCCGCAGUCCGCUGACCACGGCCGCCGGCGCCAGCGUGGUGGACUACUCCUCCAACAUUAAGGUGAACGGGGCGAACGGGCAACCGUCGCGCCGGGACAGCUACGACGUGAUCAACAAAACGAAGCAUCUGUUCUCGCAGAACUCGCUGGAAUCGCUGGCCAAUCUUACCGAGCGGCAGCUCAACACGGACCUCACGUACGACCGCUCGACGCUGGACAAUCAGACGGAGAAGAACACACACUUUAACAAGUUUUCGCUCGGCACGGAGACGCAGCCGAGACGUCCGGUGAUCGAGGACGAGGGACUGUACCGUGCCGGCGGCUAUUUGAAGAACUAUCGGACGGAGUCGAACGAAUCGCGGUACGAGUCGAAGUACAGCUCCCAGCUGAAGGGUGGAUUCGAACCGAUCGGGCGGGAUGUUAGCGGUGCGCGGGCUAUCCGCGUGCAGGACAUACCGGACGGUGUGCUGGGUCGGCCGGUAGAGUUUGAGAUCGAUGGUUCACAGGCCGGUUCGGGAAAUCUGGAAAUCCUUGUCAACGGGGGUCGCGUCACGUCGGCAGUGCGGGCGCUCGGCAAUCAGCGCUUCAUCGCCAGCUUCACGCCGCACGAGUCCGGCACCCACACGGUGCAGAUCACCUUCAACGAGGAAACCGUUCCCGGCUCACCUUGGAAUAUCAACAUCAUGUCGUCACCAGGGCUCACGGCUCUCGGUGAGUCCACGCGGCUAGUGCCGGCGAACCUGCCGGCGGUUUUUGAGGUGCUGCCGCCCCCGGGCGCCUCGAUCCGUGGCAGCGACUGCGUCGCCACCGUGCUCUCCCCGAGCAAGACCAAAGUGUCCGCCCGGGUGACGCACGAGUCGGCCAACGGUUCGCUCCGGAUCGAGUUCGUCCCGUCGGAGGUCGGCACGCACAUUAUCGAAGCAUCGAUCGGGGGUACCACCCUCGUGGGCGGUCCGCUCAUCGCCAAGGUGUACGACUCGAGCCUGAUCCAGGUGACGGACGUGAACGGCGGUGUCGUUGGGCAGCCGUGCCAGUUCCGCGUCGACGCGAGCGCAGCCGGCGAGGGGCAGCUGGAAAUUUCGAUCAACGAAGGCGAAGUGCCAAACCACGUGCAGGUGGUGGGCGGUGGCCGCUGUUUGGUGUCGUUCACGCCCGAGCAAGCCAAACCACAUCUGAUCGAUAUCAAGUUUAACGGUGAAACGGUCAUCGGCUGCCCGUUCGUGUGCUCGGUCGCCGAUACGAGCCGCGUUCUGCUGAACCUCACCAAUCUGGAGCUGAUCCCGGUCAACCGGCCGGCCUCGUUUCACAUCACCGUCAGCGGUGGUGGUGCGGCCGAGCUGGCCGUCAGUGUGCGCGGACCGCAGGGUGAGCUGCCGGUGCGCGUAACCGGCGACAUCCAUGCCGGGUUUACGGCCGAAUUUACGCCGAACCACGUCGGCGCGCACACGAUCAACGUCGAGUACAAUGGCUAUCCGGUGCAGGGCACACCGUUCGUGGCGAAAUCGUACGACGCCACCAAGGUGGCGGUCGGGUCCGUGUCCAAGGGUACGGUCGGCCGGCCGGUACAGUUCACCGUCGAUGCGGGCGACGCGGGCGAAGGCAACCUCGAGAUAACGAUCUCGGCCAAGGGCCACAACAUUCCCACGCAGGUGCAUCCGCAGGGAAAUGCCAAAUUCGCCGUCUCGUUCGUGCCGGCCGAACCGUGCGAGCACAUCAUCAACGUGUCGUUCAACAAAAUGCUUGUCCCCGGCUGCCCGAUCACCGUCAUCAUCAACGGCGGCACGACCGGGCCGCAGGUGUCGCUCGGCGGGCCCGGCCCGCUCCACAUGCCCAACUCGCUGGUCAUCAACCACGCCGGAGGCCGCCUGGAGGACAUCGAAGUGAACGUCGAAGGCCCCUCCGGUCAUUCGGUACCGGCGCAGGUCUUACAGACGGCCGACGGUGUGUUUAAGGCCGAGUUUGUACCGCGCGUUGUCGGCGAGCAUCGGGUCAGCGUAACCGUCGAGGGACAGCCGACCGUCGGCAGCCCGUACUCAGCGAAGGUCUACGACGUUACCGCGAUCAAGGUAAAGAACGUUAACAAUGGAACCGUCGGGAAGCCGGUCGUAUUCUUGGUCGAAACAUCCCAGGCCGGACCGGGCAAUCUGGAGGUGACGGUCAAUGGCGGCCGCGUACCAACGUCCGCCCAGGCGCAGGGUCAACACACUUACGCGAUCAGCUUCACGCCCCGCGAGGCACAGAACCACACGGUCGAGCUGCGGUUCAACGGGCAGGACGUGCCGGGCAGUCCGUUCACCUGUAAGGUAUCGCCGGCCGCCCGCAUCGUGAGCAGCGAUCUGACCGACAAGGUAAGCGUCGGCCAUACGUUUGACUUUGUCGUCGAGUCCGACAUUGCGCCCGUGGUGGAAGUGCUCGGCCCUGCCCGUCGUCCCGUCCGUGCCGACAUUGUCCCGGCGGUCCCCCCAACGUCCGGCUAUCGGGUCAAGUUCGAACCGGUCGAGGUCGGUGACCACUCGGUCGAGGUACGGCUGCCGGGCAGCGGUCACGUCGAGGGCAGCCCCUUCCUGCUGAAAGCGUACUCCGCCGAGAAGGUGGUCGUCACGGACAUACGGCCCGGUGUCGUAGGCAAAAGCGUCAGCUUCGGCAUCAACGCGAGCCAGGCCGGGGCGGGCAAUUUGGAGAUCAUCGUUGCGGUGGGCGGCAAGAACGUGCCCAACUUUGUGCAGUCUGAGGGAAAUGCACGGUUCAAGGUGAACUUUAAGCCGACGGAAGCGGCCACCCAUUCGCUGUCGGUCCGGUUCAAUGGCUACCCGGUGCCGGGAUCACCGUUCGCCUGCCACGUCACGCAUGCGCCCGUUUCCCUCUCGAAAGCGAUCGCGACCGGCGAGUGUCUGCGGCAGGCACCGGUCAAGGCGGAGAGCGUGUUCGAGCUGGAGGGUUUCGAUGGCAUCGAUCCGCAGGUGCUGAUAACGGCCCCGUCCGGCGACACCGUCACGUCGCGCGUCAGCUUCCGCGACGAGGUGCAUCUGGUCGCGUUCGUGCCGACGUCCGUUGGGCGUCAUCUGAUCAGCGUCACCGCGAACGACCAGCACAUCAACGGAUCGCCGUUCUCGUGCAACGUGUUCGAUGUGUCGCGCGUAUCGAUCAGUGGACUGGAUCCGCGCAGCACGAUGGCUUCGCUCGGGGUGCCGCUGACGUUUAGCGUCGAUGCGGCCGGUGCCGGCGAGGGAACACUGGAGCUUGUCGUGUCCACCGCAACCAGCACGGUGAAGGCGGAGGUGACGGCCUGCGCCCGCGGGCUGUACGACGUCACGUUCAUACCGCAGAGCUGCGAGCCGCACUUUGUCAACAUCACGUUCAACGAUCUGCCGGUCGAGGGCAGCCCGUUCCGGUGCGAGGUGCAGCAGAACACGCAGCACGUGCAGGUGGGCAACACGACCCUGAUCGAUCUGAUGGCGGACGACCAGACGGUGGAGAUAUUCGACCCGGAGAACAAGCUCGUCCCGUUCACGCUGUCGCGCAAGGCGGCCGAGUUUCGGGCGGCCAAGAUUGGCCAGUACGUGGUGCGGUACAUCGAUCAGGAGACGCGCAACUUCAUUGCGGCCCGCACGAUCAACGUGUUCGACCCGUCGAUGGUGAAGAUUGUGGAGGUCGGCGAGGCGUACUGCCACAAGCCGGCGUCGCUCGUGGUGUCGACGAACGAGGCGGGACAGGGUACGCUUACGUCGAUGGUACGGUGCGGUGGGCUGGAGGUACCGCAUUCCAUCCGCGGCACGGCCAAUGGGGGCGUGUGGGAGAUCGUGUACCAUCCGACGCGCGUCGCCCCGCACAAGAUCAUGAUCCUGUACAACCAGGUGCCGAUCUCGAACAAAGCCAUCGAAAUCAAUGUCCUGGCGCCGGCGAUGAGCAAGGAGAUCACCGUGAACGGGUUGGGAUUGUAUCAGGCGCGCGUUGGCAAGACGACCUCGUUCGCGAUCGACACCGUUGGCCAUCCGGCGCGUGAGUUUGAUGUCGUUGUGUCCGGCCCGGGCGGUCAGGCACUGCCCGUUCGAUGCUACCAGACCAAGGGAGGUCAUUUGCAGGCCGAGUUCACCGUCCAGAAAGUUGGUCAAUGUUUGAUUGAUGUUCUCCAUCAAUCGAAACCAUUGAUGGGCAGUCCGUACACGUGCGAGUCGUACGAUCCGACCAAGAUUCAGCUGCAGAAGGUGCCGAAGAUGAACCUUUGCGCCAACUCGCCCAUCUCGUGGAUAGUGCAAUCGGAAUCGGCCGGUGUGGCCGAGAUCGAGGUGACCGUACUGUCACCCACCGGCCAAAACGUCCCCGUGAAGCUGACCCAGCAGGAUGACUACGAGCAUUCGAUCGAAUUCGUACCGCAGGCGGCCGGACACUACAAGGCCACGGUCAUGUACGGCGGUGAGGCGGUCCCGAACAGCCCCAUCACGUUCGCCGUCCAGUCGGCCGGUGGCAAGAGCGACAGCCACGCAUCGGGCAACGGGCUGGAGGUGGCCCACCGGGGCAAGGAAACCUCGUUCGUCGUGUUCUGCCCGACCGCACCGAACGUGCAGAUCGAGCGGACCGACGAGCAGGCGGAGCGCAUCGAGCCGCGCAUCAAAAACAUGGGCAACAACCAGUGGAAGAUCUUCUACACGAUCCUCACCGUCGGCCGGUACGAGAUACGGGCGAGCUGCACGAACCGUGGCCCCCUGCCCGGUUCGCCCUGGAACAUUGCCUGUCUCGAUCCGGCCAAGGUCACGCCGAUCGGUGGCUGGGGCUCCUGUCUGGACAGCAGCGGGAAGCUGGUGCUGCCGAGCAAGAUCGUGUUCGACACGAGCAUGGCCGGACCGGGCGAACUCACCUGCUACGUGGACGAUGCCGAGGUGAUGGUGGAAAAGCAGGGCAGCGGCAAAUGCGUCCUCUUCCUUUCCGACGACGGGCUGGCCAAGGGUGAGCACAGCUUCGACCUGACCUGGUCCGGGCUGCCCAUCUCGCAGAGUCCCGGCUUCGUGUACGUCACCGGCAUGACGAUCGGCUCCGACCGGGUAGUGCUAACCGGGCGCGGUCUCACCACGGCCCAGGUCGGCGAAGUGUCCCACUUCACGAUCGACGCAACGGACGCCCUGUCCGGCAAGCCGGAAGUGCACAUGGCGUACGAUGACGGUGAACCGCUCCCCGUGACGCUACUCCAGCCCCGCCCGAACGAACUGAUCUGGCUGGCAUCGUACAACCCGCACAAAUCGACCGGUGGCCCCCUCAGCCUCGAGGUGGAAUGGAACGGGCGCAUUAUCAAGGGCUGCCCCCUAACGAUACCGGUCGGACCGGCCGUCGAUGCAGCGAAAGUGCUCUGCUCUGGCGAGGGGCUGCGCAAUGGCGUCGUGGGGCGGGAGAUUAAAUCCUGGAUCGAUACGCGCCGCGCAGGGCCGGGCGAACUGACCGCCCACUGUGCCGGACCGCGCAAGGUUGCGUACUGCGAGCUGUACGAUCAUGGCGACGCGACGUUUACGCUGAACGUGAAACCGCAGGAACCGGGCCGCCAUACGCUCACGAUCAAGUACGGUGGGCAGCACGUGCCCGGGUCGCCGUACACGCUGCGGGUUGUCGGGGCGCCGGACGCGAGCAAGGUGCGCGUGUACGGGCCGGGCAUCGAGCAUGGCGUGCUGGCGACGUUCCAGUCGCGGUUCAUCGUGGAUACGCGCGGUGCCGGCGCCGGCCAGCUAACGGUGCGCGUUCGCGGCCCGAAGGGUGCGUUCCGGGUGGAGAUGCAGCGCGAAAGCCAAAAGGACCGAACCAUCCUGUGCAAGUACGAUCCCACCGAACCGGGCGACUAUCGGGUGGAGGUCAAGUGGGCCGGCGAGCUCGUGCCCGGUUCGCCCUUCCCCGUGCUCAUCUUCGACACGCAGGAGGAGCUGAAACGAUUUCUUCACGGCAACUAACGCGUCUUGAGAGCAACAAAAAGAAAAGGAAAAAGAAAAAGACCCCCUUCUGUUAGCUUGUAAGCACGGGAAACACAGUAAAGCGUGUGGAGUGUGUGCUCCGGGACCCACCCAUCGCUUGCCUCCAUCCCACCACCACCUCUGUUUUGUCUAGCGACUUUGUGGUGUUGGCGCGGUGUGUUUUAGAGAUGUGCCGAAACCGUUGUUAAUUUUAAUUGUUUAAGUUUUACUGUCCGUGCGUGGGCACGCACGCAUGGUUCGUGUGUCCAACGAUUACUUUAGCCUUUAGCCUCUAAUAGUGCUAACCGAACGGAUGAAAGGAUGUUUAAUGUUAAGAGAGAGUGAGGUAGUCCCGCCUGGGUGCGCUUCUGUUUUGUUAAUUGUAUAAAAAAAAUGGCCUGCACCAUGCGCGCUGCGGGAAACUAAACGAAAUGAAUUAAUAAACUCGAACCUUGUUACACACAUAUUAA